AUGGCGGCCAUCGGCGUGCACCUGGGCGCGACGUGUGCGUGCGCCGCCAUCUACAAGGAUGGGCGCGCGGACGUGGUGGCCAACGACGCCGGGGACCGCGUCACUCCCGCCGUCGUGGCGUUCUCGGAGAGCGAGGAGGUGGUCGGGCUGGCCGCGAAGCAGAGCAGGGUCCGCAACGUGGCGAGCACCGUGGUGAAGGUGAAGCAGCUCCUGGGCCGCAGCUCUGGUGACCCACAAGCUGAGAAAUACAUUUCGGAAAGCAAGUGUUCAGUAGUUGAGAAGAAUGGAAAACUUCACUAUGAAAUAGAUAACAAACUUAUUAGUCCAGAAGAUGUUGCAAAACUCAUUUUCAGUAAAAUGAAAGAAACUGCUCAGUCUGCUUUGGGUUCAGAUGUAAAUGACGUUGUUAUCACUGUACCAUUUGAUUUUGGAGAGAAUCAGAAAAAUGCGCUUGGGGAAGCAGCUGCAGCUGCUGGAUUUAAUGUUAUGAGGUUAAUCCAUGAACCAUCUGCAGCACUCCUGGCUUAUGGAAUUGGCCAAGAUUCACCCACUGGGAAAAGUAACGUGUUGGUCUAUAAACUUGGUGGAACGUCGCUCUCUAUUACAGUCAUAGAAGUAAACAGCGGAAUGUACCGUGUUCUUGCUACAAACACAGAUGAUAGCAUAGGUGGAGUUUGCUUCACAGAAGCCUUAGCACAACACUUAGCAUCUGAAUUUCAGAGGUCUUGUAAACACGAUAUCAGAGGGAAUCCUAGGGCCAUGAUGAAGCUGAUGAACAGUGCUGAUGUAGCAAAGCAUUCGUUGUCAACUCUGGGAAGUGCAAAUUGUUUUGUGGAUUCACUGUAUGACGGCUUGGAUUUUGAUUGCAAUGUGUCCAGGGCCAGAUUUGAACUUAUUUGCUUUCCACUUUUUAAUAAAUGUAUAGAAGCAAUUAAAAAACUCUUGGAACAAGUUGAAUUUACAGCAGAUGAUAUUAAUAAGGUAGUUCUGUGUGGUGGGUCUGCUCGAAUCCCAAAGCUACAGCAGCUGAUCAAAGACAUCUUUCCAACUGUGGAGCUGCUGAACUCUAUUCCUCCAGAUGAAGUAAUUCCUAUUGGUGCAGCCAUAGAAGCAGGAAUUCUACUAGGGAAAGAAAAUCUGUCCUUAGAAGAUGAAGCACUCUUAAUUGAGUGUUCAGCCAGAGAUAUUCUACUUAAGGGAGUAGACGAGUCGGGGGCUGACAAAUUCACAGUGCUAUUUCCAUCAGGGACACCGCUGCCAGCUCGAAGGCAGCACACCUUGCAUGCGCCUGGAAACACUUCUUCUGUGUGCCUUGAGCUAUAUGAGUCAUUAGGAAAAAGUCCUUUGAGUGAAGAAGGCAAAUUCGCACAGAUUGUACUCCAAGAUUUAGAUAAAAAGGAGGAUGGCCUACAUGAUAUAUUAACUGUCCUCACCAUGAAGAGGGAUGGGUCCUUGCAUGUUACCUGCACAGAUCAAGAUACAGGGAAAUGUGAAAUCAUCACUGUUGAAGUGGCGUCGUAGCCCCAUUGCAAAGGAAGCAUUUUUGAGUCGUUUUUGUCUCUUGUUGGCUUGUCCUCCAAAGUUAAAACUCUAGUUAAAAGUCUGUUUUGGAGUAGAAAAUACAAAAUAUUGAUCUAGAUGUACAGACAUCAGAGCAUUGAAUUAGCAGCCACGCCUCUAAAAAAGCUCAAAUCAGGUCUGUAAUUCAGGAACAAGCAUAUUACAUAAUCUGUAAUAUUUUUCAUUUGAUUUGAAAAGGACUUUUCUGUAGACUAGGCAAGGCCUGUACCCAUUUGACCAGUAUAGGUGCAGUUCUAGCAAAAAAAAUAGAACCAGCAAAACUACUCCUGUAAAUAUUCCCUCUCAAAUAACUGUACCAAAUUGUUUUUAAAAUCCUGUAUUGAUAUGAAGARGUUACCUAAUACUGUGGAGGUGGUGCCCAUUUGAGCUGGGCUCUGGAGUAUAGAAUUUUUCUGUGAACUGUUUUAAG